GCAGUUAUUACUCGAUGGACUGCCCACUUUGUGGCAUAUCGUCGACUCAUCAAGCUGCGCCGAACAUUAGGAACUGUGGCGGGAAAUGAGAUCUUGAGGCCAGACGACCAGAAAAUGAUUAUCACAGGCGACAAGAAGGCUCGUCAAAAAGCCCUGACUAUGCUUCUCCUUAUUCAAGAUCAGUCACAACAGUUCUGGAAGGCUAUCGAGCGCAUAACACGGCACCUUGAGCCUCUAGCGAUCGCA